CUAAACUCCAGACGAAGAAGAAAACAAGCAGUAGUAGUCACCGUUAUCGCCAUAACACAUCUUUGUGCCUUCUGAUGUGAGGCAGAUCUCCUCCUACAACCACACAGGAAUUCACCAGCAGUUCAGCUCUUCCCACAACAGUUUAUGAGAGAAAAUCGAAACCAUGACUGAUCCAGAACCCUGUGGAAUAAAACAGGAAGAUGCUGAACAACAAAUAGACCUGAAAGAAGAGAACAAGGAGAUUGAAGAACCGAUUGAAGAGGGGGAGAACCAUCAUGUAAAAACCGAAGAAUCAUCUUGGAAUCAAGACAAAAUAUGUUUAAUUUGCACUCAGUGUGGAGAGAGUUUCUCGUGCAAGGAAACUCUUGAUAUUCACAUAAAAUUUCAUCUUGAAGGGUUUUCAGAUUACCUGAAAGACCAUCUGAAAGUUCAUACAAAGGAGAAGCCUUAUGUAUGUUAUUUAUGUGGAAAGAGUUUUAGUCAGAUGAGCGCAUUUAACAAACACCAGAAAAUACACAGCGGUGUGAAGGACCAUGCUUGCUCUGAAUGUGGGAAGACUUUUUUUACAGAUAGUGCACUGAAAGUGCACCAGAUAGUUCACACUACAGAAACACCUUACAAGUGUUCGCACUGUGACAAGAGGUUCAAACGGUCCGAAUAUCUGAGAAGACAUGAGAGGAUCCACACUGGAGAGAAGCCAUACACAUGUGAUCACUGUGGGAAGAGUUUCGGACGAAAAGGACAUCUUAACAAACACUUGACAGUCCACACUGGAGAGAAGCCACAUGCAUGUGGUCAGUGUGGGAAGAGUUUUACACAAAAAGAAUACCUUAAGGAACACAUGAAACUCCACACUGGAGAAAAACCACACACAUGUGAUCAAUGUGGGAAGAGUUUCAGAUUAUCAAGUUGUUUUAAAAUGCACCUGCGUACUCAUUCUAGUGAAAGACUAUAUAACUGUGAGCAUUGUGGUAAACAUUUUUUUAGGACAAGUGCCCUGAAGAGGCAUAUGAAAGUUCAUACCAAGGAGAAGCCUCACAUGUGUACUUUGUGUGGAAAGAGUUUUAGUGAGCUGGAUGCUUUAAGAAUACACCAGAAAAGACACAGCGGUGUGAAGGAUCAUAUUUGCUGUGAGUGUGGCAAGGCUUUUACUACAGAUGCUGAAGUGAAAAUGCACCAGCGAAUUCACACUACAGAAACACCUUACAAGUGUUCACACUGUCAAAAAACAUUCAAACGGUUAGUAUACCUGAAAGUACAUCAGAGGAUCCACACUGGAGAGAAGCCCUAUAACUGCCAUUCAUGUGGCAAGAGUUUCACUCAGUUAUCUUCUCUAAUCUGUCAUAAAAAGAAAUGCAUGUCUGAAAUUACACUAAGUACAGCAGUCAGCAUUUGAAGUGGAUCAAAACCCUUCAUCAAACUUGUCCUAAAUUCAAAACAAAACCAAUUCUUGUCUUAGGACAACUCUGAUUAACUUUUUUGAUCCACUUCAUAUGUUGACUACUCUAGUUCAAGUGUGAUCUGUACCUCCAGGUGUGAUGCUGUGUAGAGCCACAUCAAGCGAUUCUUUUGAAAAUCAUUUAAUCAGAAAUUAAUAGAACAAUUAAUUGGCUUGUUGAUUAUUU